AUGGAACAUACAAUUUUAUUACGAAUUAUUGAGAAAAUUGUAUCUGUAUUAGAAGCUGUUGAUGUACUUUUGAAUAUUGGAGUUGAUGGAGAUUUGAAUUCAAAUAAAACUUUAAAUAAUAUUCCAUGCGUAAGUAAAGUAUAUGCAGAUUUAAUGCAUAUUGGCAAAAAUAUUAGAACAAAUAUUG